AUGGUCAUCACAGACCCCAGCAACUGCCCUAGAGUGCUUGCCCUGCCUGGGCUCAAGGUCAUGAACUUCUUUAGAUCCAACUUUUUGGUGAAAUUGGGGAAGAGGCAAUGUGACAUUGAUCGAAAACUUUUUAUCAGUUUAUACUACAACAGCACACAAUCAAAGUGGUUUUGGCUUGAUGGUACCGAUUUUACCCAAGACAGUACUGUUCAUCCAUCUCACCAGUCAGUAGGUGAUUCGAGAACACUGCUUCAAUGCACAAUUUCCAUUCUUCUUUUGACUCUCUUACACAACUUUGGGGUUCCUAAGCAGCCGUCUGAGUCCAUGCUCAGACCCAGAUCUUCUGGCAAAACCGAGCCUUCCCCACGUCGACCUGGAGCACCCUCUGCAUGGCAGACUUCACCCUACCUCUCUUUCUCUACAGUUCCUCAGACCACUAUAUGGAGGUGGAUUACAGGGAUUUUAGGAGUAACGUGUCUUUUGUUGAUGGCUAUCCUGGGAAUUGUGUUGAAACAAUCAUUUCAUAAGCCUAGUACUGUACCAACAAUCUCUCCAGGAUAUAGCACUGAAAUCCAGAAAGACUCUGGAUACCGUUCUUGCCCAGAAAGAUGGAUCGGCCAUCGAUGCAACUGUUACUUCAUUUCCAGUGAAUCAAGAACUUGGAAUGAAAGUAGGGAGAUUUGUGCCUCUCAGAAUUCCACUCUGCUUCAGAUGCAUAACAAAGAUGAAUUGCAUUUUAUGAAGCUUAAUCAUUACUAUUACUGGAUUGGAGCCACCUACAGUGCAGAACACGGUGCCUGGAUGUGGCUGAAUGGCUCUGUCGUCUCCCUGGAUCUAUUUCCAUUCUUUCAAAAGGCAACUCCAAAAAACUGCAUAGUAUACAGCCCAAAAGGCAAUGCCUUGGGUGAACUCUGUAGGAAAAAAAACUUGUAUAUCUGUAAACAACAGAUGGUAGAAGUGGAAGAAGCAAGCAGUGAAGGUCUCCAGAACACCAACUCUCCUGAUAAACCUGCUCCAAUUAUCUAA